AUGUCUACUAAAGUUGCAAUUGUUACCGGUUCUAAUAAAGGUAUCGGUUUAAGUAUUGUCAAAGGGUUGUGCAUGAGGUUUAAAGGGAUCGUAUAUUUAACGUCAAGAGAUGAAUCAAGGGGAAGAUCUGCAGUUGCCGAGUUGAACAAAUUAGGACUACACCCAAAAUAUCAUCAACUCGAUGUAACUAAUAGAGAAAGUAUUAUCAAGUUUAGGGAUCAUAUUAAGGAGAAAUAUGAUGGAUUAGAUAUUCUCAUAAACAACGCCGCCAUUGUGAAAGUGCCUGGAUGCUAUAAUUCGUAUGAAGAAAAUAAGGAAAUUGUGGAAAUUAACUACAAGAGCAUUUUAACUAUGCAGGAAUUGAUAUAUCCCUUGGUAAGAAAUAACGGCCGAAUCCUCAAUAUAUCUAGUGACUGUGGACACCUUUCCAAUAUAAAAAAUAUAUAUUGGAUAGAUCGAUUAGCCAAUAAGAAUUUAACACUGACCGACAUAAAUGAAUUUGUUGACUGGUUUCUGGAAAGUUGUAAGAAUGAAACGUUCAAGAAAGAGGACAUAGCUGAUAAUGGAACGGUUGCAGCAUACAGAGUUGCAAAAGUUGCUCUUAGUGCUGUAACGAUUGUGCAACAGAGGGAACUACAGAGCAGAAACAUAUCCGUAAAUUCAAUGCAUCCUGGAUUAGUGCGUACUGACAUGACUUUUGGUGUCGGAUUUUACAGUGCCGACGAAGCAGCUGAGACCCCCCUUUAUAUUGUAUUGGAUGCGCCUGAAAAUCUUAAAGGCAGUUACAUAUGGUAUGACAGACGAGUUUUGGAUUGGUACGACUACAACGCUGACUAUUAUUUUAAAAUUUCAACCUUAAAUAUAUAA